GCUCUGACAGACGCUCAGUGAAGCAACACGCUGGGCUAUAAAUACCCGAAUCAUAGAGGCUCUGCUGGCUGUAUUUGCAUACUGAACCUGGACGACGGGCAGACCCACACGUUUCUGUUGAUAGUCGGCCUGCGUUCGAGCUGCACAGCUGCUGGAGCUCUCUGCUCGCUGUUUCACUGCGCUCUCUUUUGUUUUGGACGAUUUCUGUUCCUGGACUCUGAGGAGAGUUGGUUUGAGGAGGCUGUGUGCUGCUCGGAGCUGCUAUGGGAGACUUUUGGGGAGAUAUUGCCAGUCAGAGGGUGGCCAGAGCGAUGUCACUGGGGAACGAUGAGGAGGCGGUGUUGGACCAGGGGAAGACCAGCUCCACCCUCUACACCAACUUUGAGAAAGAAGAACUGGAGAGUCACAGGGCGGUGUACGUCGGCGUUCACGUUCCUCUGGGUCGACAGAGCCGAAGGCGGCACCAUCGCCGGGGACACCGACAUCACAGGAAACGGCGGGACCGCUCAGACCGGGAGGACGGACGAGAGUCACCCACAUACGACACGCCGUCUCAGAGAGUCCAGUUCAUCCUCGGGACAGAGGACGGAGACGAGGAGCACAUCUCCCACGAUCUGUUCACCGAGCUGGACGAGAUCACCUUCAGAGACGGAGACUUCCAGGAGUGGAAGGAGACGGCCAGGUGGCUGAAGUUCGAGGAGGACGUAGAAGACGGAGGUGAACGUUGGAGUAAACCGUACGUGGCCACGCUGUCCCUCCACAGUCUGUUUGAGCUGCGGUCCUGCAUCCUGAACGGCACCGUGCUGCUCGACAUGCGGGCCAGCACCAUCGAAGAGAUCGCAGACAUGGUGAUUGACAGCAUGCUGGCGUCCGGUCAGCUGGAGGAGGGCGGUCGGGAGAAGGUGAGGGAGGCCAUGUUGAGACGUCACCACCAUCAGAACGAGAAGAACUUGAGGAACCGGAUCCCGCUGGUUCGAUCUUUCGCUGACAUAGGCAAGAAACACUCCGACCCCCAUUUACUGGAACGCAACGGGGAGGGUCUGUCCUCCUCUCAUCUCUCCCUUCCUCCCUCCCCACGUAACUCCUACAUCUUUGGGCGCCUCCUCCCCAGCCCCGCCUCCUCGCCUCAGACCACUCCCCCUCAGUUCCAACGUGGCCGCUUCCUGUCUGAGCCCGGCCCACCCAGCCCUGCCCCCUCCCUCCUCGAGGUUCCCCCGUCAGGCCACACCUCCUCCAGCGCCCCACGCCGUUGCUCUGCUCCUGGGGGGCUGUGGGGAGGAGCCAGGAUCCCUCAGGUGGUGGUUUUCCCCCCUGAGGAGGAACAGGAAGUGUUCAGGAUGGAGGACACGCAGGAGGAUCCUCACGGUCACUCAGGUCUGCUGGCGUCCCCUCAUUCAGCUCCAGGAAACCUCGACAGCAAGACCAGCGAGAGUCGUGUCAACGGCGGCAACAGCAGCAGCCGGGAGAACAGCACCGUGGACUUCAGUAAGGUGGACAUGAACUUCAUGAAGAAGAUCCCUCCUGGGGCUGAAGCCUCCAACGUCCUUGUGGGUGAAGUCGACUUCCUGGAGCGCCCGAUCAUCGCCUUCGUCCGACUCGCCCCCGCCAUGCUGCUGACAGGCCUCACUGAGGUGCCAGUGCCCACCAGGUUUCUCUUCCUGCUGCUCGGCCCGUUUGGAAAAGGUCCACAGUACCAUGAGAUCGGACGCUCCAUGGCCACUCUGAUGACAGACGAGAUUUUCCACGAUGUUGCCUACAAGGCGAAAGACAGGAACGACCUGCUGUCAGGGAUCGAUGAGUUCCUGGAUCAAGUCAUGGUGCUUCCUCCGGGUGAGUGGGACCCCAGCAUCCGCAUCGAGCCCCCGAAGAGCGUUCCGUCUCAGGAGAAGAGAAAAAUGCCGUCCGUGCCGAAUGGCUCCGCCCAUGGCUCUGACACCGUCAAGGAGGCGGAGCAUCAGACGGGACCGGAGCUGCAGAGGACGGGGAGGAUCUUUGGUGGUUUGGUGAACGACGUUCGGAGGAAAGUUCCCUUCCUGUGGAGCGACAUCAGAGACGCCGUCAGCCUGCAGUGUUUGGCGUCCGUCCUCUUCCUGUACUGUGCCUGCAUGUCGCCCGUCAUCACGUUCGGAGGCCUGCUGGGCGAAGCCACCAAAGGAAACAUAAGUGCCAUUGAGUCUCUGUUCGGGGCGUCUCUGACGGGCGUGGCCUACUCUCUGUUUGCUGGUCAGCCUCUCACAAUCCUGGGCAGCACCGGUCCGGUUCUGGUCUUUGAGAAGAUCCUCUUCAAGUUCUGCAGUGACUACGGUCUGUCCUACCUGUCCCUGCGGACCAGUAUCGGACUCUGGACCGCCUUCCUCUGCCUCGUGCUGGUCGCCACCGACGCCAGCUCUCUGGUCUGCUACAUCACGCGCUUCACCGAGGAGGCCUUCGCCGCCCUCAUCUGCAUCAUCUUCAUCUACGAGGCUCUGGAGAAGCUGGUGCACCUCGGGGAGCUUUACCCCAUCAACAUGCACAACCAGCUGGACAACCUCACCUUCUACACGUGUCAGUGUUCUCCACCCACCAAUGCCUCCGCUGAGGUCCAACAGAUGUGGAGCAAACAGAACCUGACGUCAGAAAGCAUCCAGUGGGACCAGCUGAGUGUGAAGGACUGUGUGGAUCUACGCGGCGAGUUCGUCGGCUCGGCCUGCGACCAUGACGGCCCCUUCGUCCCCGACGUCCUCUUCUGGUCCGUCAUCCUCUUCUUCACCACCUUCUUCCUCUCCUCCUUCCUCAAACAGUUCAAGACCAAGAGAUAUUUCCCCACCAGGGUUCGAUCGUCCAUCAGUGACUUCGCCGUCUUCCUGACCAUCAUGAUCAUGGUGCUGGUGGAUUAUCUGGUUGGAGUUCCGACACCCAAACUCAACGUACCCGACCGCUUCGAGCCCACGUCCAACACCCGGGGCUGGCUGAUCUCGCCGCUCGGUACGAACCCCUGGUGGACGCUGCUGGCCGCCGCCGUCCCCGCGCUGCUCUGCACCAUCCUCAUCUUCAUGGACCAGCAGAUCACCGCCGUCAUCGUCAACAGGAAGGAGAACAAACUGAAGAAAGGCUGUGGCUACCACCUGGACCUGCUGGUGGUGGCGGUGAUGCUGGGCGUGUGCUCCAUCAUGGGCCUGCCGUGGUUCGUCGCAGCGACCGUGCUCUCCAUCUCCCACGUCAACAGUCUGAAGGUGGAGUCGGAGUGCGCGGCGCCCGGCGAGCAGCCCAAGUUCCUGGGCAUCAGAGAGCAGAGAGUCACCGGCUUCAUGAUCUUCGUCCUGAUGGGCUGCUCCGUCUUCAUGACCUCCGCCCUCAAGUUCAUCCCGAUGCCGGUCCUGUACGGAGUCUUCCUCUACAUGGGAGUGUCGUCCCUCAAAGGCAUUCAGCUGUUCGACCGGAUCAAACUGUUCGGCAUGCCGGCCAAACACCAGCCGGACCUGAUCUACCUGCGCUACGUCCCUCUGUGGAAGGUCCAUGUCUUCACGGUGGUGCAGCUGUCCUGCCUCAUCGUCCUCUGGACCAUCAAGGCCUCAGCAGCCGCCGUCGUCUUCCCCAUGAUGGUUCUGGCUCUGGUGUUCAUCCGGAAGCUUCUGGACUUCUGCUUCACCAAGAGAGAGCUGAGCUGGCUGGACGACCUGAUCCCGGAGAGCAAGAAGAAGAAGGACGACGACAAGAAGAAGAAGGAGAAGGAGGACGCUCGGCGGAUGAUGGAGGAGGUGGAGGACGAGCCGCCGUACCACAUCAGCUUCCCCAUCAAGGACCUGAAACGACGUGUGGACCCAUCAGAGGUGAACAUCUCAGAUGAAAUGGCCAAAAGUGGCAUUUGGAAGUCCGUUUCCAUGAACUCUGACAGCAGCAAAGCUCUGAGACGCAGCAACAGUCAGGAGAAGCUGCCGAGCGUCCAGAUCAACGUGGAGAACGAGGACGGCCGGAGAGUCGUGGACGCCGAGACCUCGCUAUGAUCCGCCGCCGCCCUCCGGUACCAGGCGGCGCUGUCGGAGGACGAGGAGGGCGGGGCGGCUGUGACUGAUGGGACACUGAAGCCCUGGAGGUGAAAGGUCGUGGGAGAGCCAAUCAGGCUUCACCUCGCCAUGCUGCGUUUUCUCAGACGACGUUAAUUUCUCAUCGUUUUAUGGUGAAACACAGAGGCUCCACCGCUCGGAGCAAACAUGGCCGCCGCCGGUGGGAACGCUUCCCUCAGGAGCCUUCGGUUGGUUUUUACUGGGGCGGUCUGCUGCUGCGCUGUGAUUGGCUCCUGAAGCAUCGGACUCGGUGGACGUCUGAUUUUCAGAUGAUGAAUCAGAAAAACAGCUGAAGUUUAAUUUUAUUGUCUUAAUUUUCAGUUUCUGCUUUCAUGAAGCAGGAGAAGCUCGUCACCUCCGACAGGCUGUAUUUACUCCACCGUGCUGACUGUGACCUGUGUGUGUGUGUGUGUGUGUGAGAGAGAGAGACUGUGACCUGUGUGUGUGUGUGUGUGUGUGUGUGUGUGUGAGAGAGAGACUGUGACCUGCGUGUGUGUGUGUGUGUGUGUGUGUGUG